UUAUUGUAGUGGUAAUAAUGAAAAAGAAUCAUGUCACGGGUCACUAGUGAAUUUUCUUGCAGUUGAAUAUGACUCUGCCUGGGGUUUUGGAGCUGUCUAGUCUGUCUUCAAUGACCUCUAAUGUUUUUAACUAAUGAUGUGGUGUUUUCCUGUUUGUUUACAAUGUGAAUUUUCACUUUCGUUGCUGAAUUGGAAGGUUUAGUCUCUUCAAUAGAUGAAGGAUGUUUUUCUUUUUCCUCCACUUUAUUGCUCGAUCGGUUUUGAAAUCGUUAACGACUGAUAUUAGUAGUGGUUUUCUUGAUCUAAUGUUUUGAAUUGGAGAUGCGGAUCUUAAAAGACGAACUGGUUAUUUUGUUCUGUUUUUUAUGCUGUGUAUUUUGACGUUACCACGGUAGACAAUGUCCAGGCCCUUACAUCGAGGUGCAUCCGGCGUUAAGGUACAUGUUCAUAGCGAUGAUAAAUGGGACUCCCAAAUGAAAGAUAAAACUGAAAAGGAAGAGGUGGACAGAAGAGGUUUUUCAGAUCACGGAGGAAAUUUGGCUCCGAGGCUACCCUUUCGGGUACUUCUUCCAGAGAAUUCCCCUUCUAAAUAUGGCGGCGCUAAGAAUGGCUUUGCUUCUGAUGCAUUUAUAGUUGGAAAUUCACGAAGUCGGCAGCAAUUUAUAUUGCAAAUGUUGAGAUUAAGUUUAGUAUUGAUUAUAAUUCUUGCUAUUACUGGAUCCUUUUGGUGGACACUUUCCAUUUCCGGUUCAUCCCAAGUUCAAAUAUUCCAUGGUUAUCGGCGUCUCCAAGAGCAGCUUGUUUCUGACCUUUGGGAUAUAGGGGAGAUUUCUCUUGGUCCUUCAAGGUUGAAAGAGCUUGAAUUCUGUUCACCCGAGUUUGAGAAUUAUGUUCCCUGCUUCAAUUUGAGCAAUACUCAAGAUGAUGAUUAUGAUCGACAUUGUGAGCGUAGCUCGUGGGAAAAUUGUUUGGUACAUCCUCCCUUGAAAUACAAGAUUCCACUUAGAUGGCCCACCGGAAGGGAUGUUAUCUGGGUAGCGAAUGUGAAAAUUACAGCACAGGAGGUCCUUUCCUCAGGAAGCUUGACCAAAAGAAUGAUGAUGCUAGAGGAAGAACAAAUAUCCUUUCGUUCUGCUUCUCCAAUGUUUGACGGUGUUGAAGAUUAUUCUCACCAAAUUGCAGAAAUGAUUGGGCUGAGAAAUGAAUCUAAUUUCAGAGAAGUUGGGGUAAGAACCAUUCUGGAUAUUGGGUGUGGUUACGGAAGUUUUGGAGCACAUCUUUUCUCCAAACAUCUCUUAACCAUGUGCAUAGCAAAUUAUGAGGCUUCAGGCAGUCAGGUUCAACUAACUCUUGAGAGGGGUCUUCCUGCAAUGCUUGGUUCCUUUACUUCAAAACAGUUGCCAUAUCCAUCUCUUUCCUAUGAUAUGGUUCAUUGUGCACGAUGUGGUGUUGACUGGGAUACUAAAGAUGGUAAAUACUUGAUUGAGGUUGAUAGAGUUUUGAAGCCAGGUGGGUAUUUUGUGUGGACAUCGCCACUUACAAAUACUCAGGGUGUUCUUCACAAAAAAGAGAAUCAGAAAAGGUGGAACUUCAUUCAGGAAUUCGUAGAAUAUCUGUGUUGGGAGAUGUUGCCACAACAAGAUGAAACCGUUGUCUGGAAGAAAACUAGUAAAAGUAAUUGUUAUAGCUCACGGAAGCCAGAUUCAUCUCCUCCAAUAUGUGGUAAAGGUCAUGAUAUCGAAUCUCCGUAUUAUAGACCACUCCAAGCCUGCAUUGGGGGAAGAAAAAGUCGUCGUUGGGUUCCAAUUAAUGAAAGAAGAACUUGGCCUUCUAGAGCUACCCUGAACAAGAGUGAACUGGCUAUACAUGGAUUGACUUUAGAUGAUUUCACCGAGGAUUCUGUAAACUGGAGAAUGGCCGUAAAAAACUACUGGUCUCUUCUGUCACCAUUAAUUUUCUCGGAUCAUCCAAAAAGACCUGGUGAUGAGGAUCCUUUACCCCCAUACAACAUGCUCCGGAAUGUGCUCGAUAUGAAUGCCCAUUUUGGAGGUCUCAAUUCUGCAUUAUUGGAAGCUGGGAAGUCUGUAUGGGUCAUGAACGUGGUGCCAACAGAUGGACCUAACUAUCUCCCAUUGAUAAUGGAUAGAGGUUUCAUUGGGGUAUUGCACGAUUGGUGUGAGKCUUUUCCAACAUACCCCAGAACAUAUGAUUUGGUGCAUGCAGCAGGGCUUCUGUCCCUUGAAGGAAGUAAAAAGCCGAGGUGCUCCAUGCUUGAUUUAUUCAGCGAGAUUGAUCGGUUACUUCGUCCAGAGGGUUGGGUGAUAAUCCGGGACAUAGCCACUCUCAUCGAAUCAGCUCGAACUAUAACUACACAGCUUAAGUGGGAUGCACGAGUUAUAGAAACCGAAGACAACAACGACGAGAGAGUCCUUAUCUGCCAAAAACCAUUCUUGAAGAGACAAGCAAACUGAAGUGAUCAUAAAUUUUUGAAGGUGAAAAGUAUUUAAAUUCAUUCUCUGGAUGAUGGAAUAAUCAUCAAAGCCAUCUUUGGGAGAGGCAAAGAUCUUAAAUUUCUGAAACAGAAAAAAGAAGAGAGGACACAGAUUUGAUUGAUACCGGUGGGAACUGACCACACCAAAAUAGCAGCUAUAGAAAGCCGUAAGGCUUGAAAAAUAGGAUCCAUGUAAUUAUGCAAAAUGAGCACACAAGUGAAUUGAAUUGAAUUGAAGUGGGAAUUCAAGCAUUUUAUUAGACUUGCAUUUUAAAUAAUUAUGCACAUAGAAAUUUCACUUUUUUUUUC